CUACAGUACGGCCACUGGACUGUUCCGUCUCCACUCCGCAGCCCGGAGGAGGCAUUUUCAACAUUUCGUUUUGACCAGCCGACUGGAGAGGUUACCACAUCUCCGUCGGGGGGAAAAACUCCUGCGUCUUGUUAUCAACCGGGUGUCGCUUUUUGGUCGUCCGCGCGGAGGGAGGAGAGGAGCGAAGCCGCAAAGGAGUCGUCCCCUCGGGGUUGGUCCGCAGGAGCAGCCAGAUCUGAGGUGAAGCAGAGCAGACGCUGCUUUCACAGAUUGAACAAGGGAUCACAACCACAGCACCAACAACACAGCCCGUCCUUGCCUCCAUCAUGCAGACCUCGGCCCUCCUCCUCUUUCUCCCUGUCGCCCUCCUCUCCCUCCUCAUCCCUUCCUGCUCUUCCCAGAGCGAUGGAGAUCUCACUGUUCAGACUCGUGCCGGUCGGGUCCGCGGAAUCCGCCUGCCGGUACCGGACCGGAGCUACGUCACUGCCUUCCUCGGUAUCCCGUUUGCUGAGCCACCAGUGGGAAAGCGGCGUUUCCGUCGUGCUGAGCCCAAGCGGCCGUGGACGGGGGUGUAUGAGGCCAGCACCUACCCCAAUGCCUGCUACCAGUUUGUGGACAUGUCAUUCCCUGGAUUCCCAGGCAGUGAGAUGUGGAACCCCAACAGGGAGAUGAGUGAAGACUGCCUGUACCUCAACGUUUGGGUGCCCUCUUCUCCCAGACCGCACAACCUCACUGUCAUGGUGUGGAUCUAUGGUGGAGGUUUUUACAGUGGUUCAUCUUCACUGGAUGUGUAUGAUGGUCGCUACCUGGCCCACAGUGAGACGGUCAUUGUGGUUUCUAUGAACUACCGAAUUGGUGCCUUUGGCUUCCUGGCUCUGCAUGGAUCCUCUGAGGCUCCUGGUAAUGUGGGUCUGCUGGACCAGAGGAUGGCACUGCAGUGGGUCCAGGACAACAUCCAUGUCUUUGGUGGAAACCCCAAACAGGUGACUAUCUUUGGUGAGAGCGCUGGUGGUGCUUCAGUCGGGUUCCACCUGUUGUCGCCAGACAGCCGCCCCACCUUCACACGGGCCAUCCUGCAGAGUGGGGUUCCCAACUGCCCCUGGGCCUCCGUCAGUCCCGCUGAGGCCCGCAGACGAGCCACCCUGCUGGGCAAGCUAGUUGGCUGCAAUGAGGGUAAUGACACGGAGCUGGUGGAUUGUCUUCGCAGUAAAUCACCACAGGAACUCAUUGACCAGGAGUGGCAGGUCCUGCCGUGGUUGGCCCUGUUCCGUUUCUCAUUUGUUCCUGUUGUGGACGGGGUGAUUCUGCCUGACACUCCUGAAACCAUGCUGAACUCAGGCAACUUCAAGGACACCCAGAUCCUCCUUGGGGUGAACCAAGAUGAGGGCUCCUACUUUCUACUGUAUGGUGCACCAGGCUUCAGCAAGGACAACGAGAGCCUUAUCUCCAGAGAGGACUUCCUCAAAGGGGUGAAGCUGAGCGUCCCCCAUGCCAAUGACAUCGGCCUUGAGGCAGUGGUGCUGCAGUACACUGACUGGUUGGACGAGAACAAUGGAUUCAAGAACCGCGAGGCCAUGGACGACAUUGUGGGAGACCACAACGUCAUCUGCCCGCUGGCCCACUUCGCUCGCUCCUAUGCACAGUACAACGCCCUCAGGGCCAACAUGGGAGGAGCUGGCUCUGGGGUGGUCAACAGUGGAGGAAACUCACAAGGUGGGGUCUACCUCUACCUGUUUGACCACCGGGCAUCCAACCUUGCCUGGCCGGAGUGGAUGGGUGUGAUCCACGGGUACGAGAUUGAGUUUGUCUUUGGCCUGCCACUGGAAAAGAGGCUGAACUACACUGCUGAUGAGGAGAAGCUCAGCCGACGCAUGAUGAAAUACUGGGCCAACUUCGCCCGAACUGGAAACCCCAACGUUAACCAUGAAGGAAUGACGGACAGUAGGAGGCGCUGGCCUCAGUUCACCGUCAGCGAACAGAAACACGUUGCACUGAACACCGAACCUCUGAGGAUCUACAAGGGCCUGAGGAACCAGCUGUGUGCUUUCUGGAACCGCUUCCUGCCACGCCUCCUCAACAUAACUGACAACAUAGAUGAGGCAGAGCGUCAGUGGAAGGUGGAGUUCCACCGCUGGUCUUCCUACAUGAUGCACUGGAAGAGCCAGUUCGACCACUAUAGCAAGCAGGAGCGCUGCACUGACCUCUGAGAGCGAGACGCACACAGACACAACAGAGACAGCAAGAUGAGAGAGAGCGAGCGAGAGAGAGAGAGAGAGAGAGAGAGAGAGAGAGUGUGUUGGGGGGGCAGAGAAAACCCAUGACCACUUUCCUCCAUAGUCCCUCUUUAAAAUCAUGACGAUCAUGUUUUAAGUAUUCUGUUCCACUACACACAAGCACAGGCUCUGUUUUCACUUAUUUAUAUUAUUUAUAUUAUUUAUUUAUUGAUGUGUGUUUGUUUUUCAUUUUGUGUUUGUCCCAUUGACCUGGACUAUGACGUGUUCCAUAUGUUAUGCUCUACGACGCUGUUGUCUCUGUGGUAGUUCAGGGGUAUGGAGGGAACUGGUCAUCAGCAUGGAUGAAUAUGGAGGAAAAAAUGUUAAUGGUGUGUAUUUAAUUUGCAGGUGUAUGAGUGUGUGUGUGUGUGUGAGUGAGAGAGUGUGUGUGUGCAUGUGCGUGUGUGAAGCCAGGCAACCCUUCACUCAGAUCUUAACAAGCCCACGUCAUCACACCACUCUGUCUGUUUACCGUUACCUCACGUCUUUCUUUUAGUCUCAUCAACAUAACAGACUGUUUCAAUCUCUGAGGCUGUCGUCUCCUUUUCAGAAUAUCAGGGGUUUUUUUUUUUUGUUUUUUUUUUUGUGGACUCAACAUUGGUGUGCAGGUCUGUCAGACAUUUUCUUGUGGUUCUCCCUGUUCCCGAGCCUUUUAGUCCCAGUCGUAUCCCAGCUGCAACCUGUUUCUCUUCACUCCUGUUCGUCUUUGACCUUUUUGAAGACCACUACGAGUUUCAGAAUCUCACAUUUUCCGCUUUGUUGUAUGACUGUCGCAUUUGGUGAAACCUCAAGCUAGGUUUCCAUAUGCAUUUUAUGUGAACUGCUGCAUGUGGAGUGAUUUCAAAAGGUUUCUUGGAAGUGGCAAAGUUCUGUGACAUUUGUUUCAUGCAGGCUUGAAGUUACUGACGCUAAAAAAAAAAUAGGUGGAAACACACUAGUGAAUUAACCAGUGAUGUAGGGUUGGCAUUAUUGGUGAUGAGCUAUUUAGGCAAUGUCCACACUAAGCUGGGUAAAUUUGAAAAACAUUUUUUUCUCUGUUUUAACCUUCCAUAUACACUAAGCCAAAAAUGGUGCUUUUCAAAAAAAUGUAUCCAAAGUGUGCGAGCCUGAAAAAGGUGCUUUCAUGUGGGUAAGGAAACAGGAGCUUUCUGAAUAUAGUGACGUAAGACGGUGAUGUGACCUAACGAAUGCCUCUUGUGUGUCCACGCUGCAGAGCGGACGUUGCGUAGGUGUGAGCGUGCACAAUAUGGGAAUUUUGUGCAUUUCUGGGCAUUUCAGUGUGAAUGGCGAGGUUUUGGAAAACAGUGUGAAAACCGUGUAGUGUGGCUGGCAGUGCGAAACGCCAGUUUGGGAUUUCCCCAGCUUUGUGUGGACAUCGCCACAGUUGGACUGCACUUCAAACACUUCAAAAACAUUUGUUGACUUUUUGAAUUGCUGUUGGUUAUGUGUCCACCAUGUCCUCCAGAAAUGUUACAACACAGUCCUAAUUCAUUUCAGCAGUAAUCAGUUCCUCAUAGACAUUCAGCCCAGUUGAUAGAAACACACAUAACCGACAUUUUAUUUUUUUUUACCGCAAUUCAAAAGUUCACAUAGAAUUGGCCUGAUAGUUAGAUGGAAACACAAUUAGACUAAUCUUAAAGAAAUAAGACUAAGUUAAUGUAAUAAUUUAUUACAUAAAGUAACUAUUGCUGAAUAUUUAAUGACAUUUUGAUAAAGUGAUACCUUUAAUUGUCGUCAUUUCCCCUCACUAGACUGAUAUCAAAGGGAAACGUUUCCCCAGUUUCCUUAAUUCAGGCACCUCUCGGUCAUGAAGUCCCGGGAAUAUCACGGCAGCACUGAGAGGUGUUUUCCAAAAAGGGAAAGUCGGGGAAUUUGAUCGAUUCUCUGCAUCUGAGAAGUCCGAAAAUAUCAGGGAAUUUUACCAAAUGGGAUCAGAUUGUAUUUUCCAACUUGAUCAUAUUCGAUAGAAGUUCUAACUCAGAGUGGAACGGUUAAAACAAGAAUCAAAUUAAAGCAUAUCAAGGUAUCCUUUAGAAGUUGAUGCAUACGUGUGUGUGUGUAUGUGUGUGUGUGUGUGUGUGUGUGUGUGUGUGUGUCUUUCAGCCUCACUCAUUGGUCACAUUAAGGAACUGCGAGCCAUUAAUAUACUGUAUAACUGCACUGAAAAACAGAUGAGGAAGCUAUGUUUGCUGGUGUGUGUGUGCGCGCACGCAAGCUUGUAUGUGUGUGUAUCUUUUGUGUUCUCUUGCUGUGUGCAGCUACUACCAGUUGUCAACCUGUGUGUGCUGGAUUUGGUGUGUGUGUGUAUGUGUGUGUGUGUGAGAGAGAGAGACCCCUCCCUGUCCAUUCAUUCCAGCCCGUAUUGCCUUAUCACUAAACCCGUCUCGCUGUUAGUCCACGUUCCCUCUCUUUUCAUCCCACUGCUCAUUUUUCAUCCCCCCAUCCUCCUCCUCCUUCUCUCUCCUUUCGCCCUCCUCCUUUCCCUCCCCUCAUCGUCCUCUCCUUGUUUUUUCUUCCUCCAUCUUUUUCCCCACUCCCGUCAUUCCUCCUCCUUCCUCCUCUCUAGCCCCUCCAUACAGCUUCAUCCUCUAUCCUCACUCUUUUCCUGUCUCCUUUCUCUUCACUCCAUCCAUCCUCAUCCUCAUCUGUCUCAACAACUGCAUCCCUCUUCUCCCCAUCCGUCCAUACCCGCACCAUCGACCCCACCCCCAUCUCUCCCCUCCCUCCUUUUGGUUUCUCGUUAGUCUAAUGGAGUCAGAGUAAUUCACUCAGCGGCAGGCUAAUAUGACAGAGCGCUGGCUCAGCCUCUUGCCUGCCAGCGCACAGGGCAGAAUGGAUGGAUGGAUGGGUGGAAAAUUGAAAGAAAGAAAGGAGAAAAAAAAGCUUGGGGUAGAGAGAUAGAUGAGGCAGAAGGAGGCAGAGAUCUGAGGGAAAGAUGAAAGGACAGAGUCGGAAAAAUAUAGCGUUAUGUAACCCUCUCCUGUCUGUUGCAGGAGCAUGUGUAUGUUGCAUGUUUUUGUUGAUGUUAUGUCAUGUUUCAUGAUCAGAUGAGCUGCAGCUUACAUGUAGAAGGGGCAUAGCAACUGAAAAUGUCCCUGAAAUUAGUGUAAUAAACCUGAUAUUGUAAUAUUUACAAAAAAUGACACCUCUUAGAAUGUAAUGAUUUCCCACUUUAUACUGAAUUAUAUCAAGAAAAAAGAUUUUAAAUUUAAAUUUCACAACAUAUCUGACUGGUAGAGGGCCAUGCUGUUCCAUUUUGCGUUUUAUUAUCAUUAUUAAAUGAUCAUAUUAUCCUGAAGGGACUUGAGUUUGGCUGCUAUGUCACUCCACCUAUCUCUGUGUGUAUUAUCUGUUAGUUUGUUUGUGUCUACCUCCCUUGACAUCAUGUGAGCCUAAUGUCUGUCUACCUGUUUGCCAUAUUUUAUUAAAUGCUGGAAGGGAGCUGGGUCAGCGUCCCAAUUGGCUGAUGGGUCUUCUAGCAAAGUGUUUCUAUUGGUCAGCCGCACCAGGCAUGCAAGGCUCCUGUUUUAUAGAUCGGAGUAGUCUGUCUUUAAAGAGACGUAAUAAAUGCGAAUCAAGGAUUAAAUAAUGUACCUUAAGUCGAUAUUUAAAAACCCAGUGGGUGCAUGUGUGACUGGCUGCGUGAGUGACUCAUCCAGCACUUUUAGUCCAAUGACAAGCCCACCCAACACCCAGAUCUCUCCCCAUCCCUCCAAUCGAAUCCCCUCGUGCAUGUCCUGACUCUGUCCCAUCCCCGGUGUACUCCCCCUGAACUUGGACUGUUAUUUUCUGUAAAAUAAACCUGUGUACUUUUGAAAAAUAAUGUCUAUUAUCAAGGUAAUUAUUAUAUCUCUGAUGUUAAGUACAUUUGAUGUUAGCAAUAACGUAAAUACAUCAGUAACGGAGUAUAUUUGAUAUUUAAAUGCAGUGAAAAUAUAAUGUAGUGAGAAAGCGAUGGUGACGAUGGAUAGAGGUUGUCUUUUAAAGCAAUAUAUAUAUAAAUAUAAACUAAACAUGAGUGCCAUAUAUGAUUUUACUCAAGGUUUUGUUUGUUUGUUUGUUUGUUUAUCUUAUCUUUGUGAGUUUGUUUCCUGUCCUCUGCCUCAUUGUCGUCUGUUCCAGUCGCUAGUACUUGUGCUGAAGGCUUCUGUAGCGUCCCAGUAUGUCUCUAUGUAUGAUGAAUGCCGGCUUGGUCAAGCUAUUGCAACAGAAAUAAAGACACCCUGCUGCUUCUA